AUGUCUCUGCUUGCUGAAGAAAAGGUCUCUGCCUGUCAGAGAGGAAAAGUCCGAGCAGCAGAAGCUUGUGGAUCAAAGUGGAAGAAAGCACCAUCUCUGCUGGAGGAACUCAGUGAUCUCCUGCUCCAGCUCCUGCUGAAGCUCUUUGACUCCCCUCACUGCAGUUUGCUGCUGGGAUCUGACCUGCUUCUCCACAUCAGAGCGUCUGUUCUGGAUGAGACGGAUCAGCUCAGUGAACGUCUUCUCACUGUCCUCCACUGUUUUGUCAGCAGACUGAUCGAUGGCCUCCACCUCCUGCUGAAGCAGAUCCACAUCUUUCUAGCAGAGAUAACAGAUGGACUUCUGAUCAGUGCGGCAGAACAGCUUCUUCACCUCAUCAUGGACAGAGCAGAUGUUCUCCUGGAGCUUCUUGGAGGGCUCCACCAGCUUGUGUUUCUUAAACGAAGCCACAUCAUAAUGCGGCUGAAGGUGUUCCUCACAGUAAGAGGCCACACAGCUCAAACAGGACUUGAUGGCUCUCAGUUUUCUCCCAGAGCAGACAUCACAGGCCACAUCUUCAGGUCCAGCAUAGCAGUGGUCAGCAGGAGCAGCUUGGAGUCCAGUCUUCUUCAGCUGCUCCACUAA